UAGCUGCACGCUCAUCUUUCUGCUCAGCUCUCCUCUCCUCCCUACUCUCCUCCUCCAGCUCUCCACCUUCCUUUUCCUCUGUGUCUUUCUUUCAUUGGAAUGGCUGCUUAGAAACAGUCACAUCAGACUUUAAUCAUCGUUCCUUUAUAAUUUCUCGCCACUCUAUGGGUUACAUACUCUGUUUUUCUUUGUAGGAGAUCGACCAUUUGAUUGUAUUUCUAUUGAGUGGAUCGCGACUGAGCGAGAAAGAGAGAGAGAGAACUCCACACUGUCAGGUUAUAGGGAGCCAUCGAUUGAUAAACAAACAAGAAGACAUUAUUGAUAUUUGCCAUAUAAGGAAACAAAAUGUCAACUGCCCUCGGUAUACAAAGAGGUAACACUGACUCCUCUGCUGUUGAAACCUGGAGCCGGAUGGAAAAGAACGCUUUCCCGGGUGUCGAAACCCUCAUUAGAAACUCACCUUCGCAUCCUCAACCGGAGUACCUCUCCAUUGAGGCCUCAUCUUCAUCUGGUAAGAGCUCUGCCCAGUCUUCUUCCCAAACAAAGCGGCACAUUACCGGCGAGAGCACAGAGACGUGUACCCCGUGGGUAAGGCAGGAGUACUCUAAUGACAUGAUCGGUUUCCACGAAGAAAUCGUCCACUUUUAUUCAUACAUGUCUCCCAAGAGGAGCGAGAGGUGUAUGAGGCUUCGUGUUUUUGAGAAAGUAAAGGCAAUCAUACUCAAGCUAUGGCCUCGUGCUCAGGUCUACCCUUUCGGGAGCUUCUGUACAAAUCUCUACCUCCCAACUAGCGACAUUGAUAUUGUCGUGUUGGGGGAGUGGCUAGCCCUGCCUCUUUUUUCUCUAGAGGAUGCAUUCCUAAAGGCACAGAUUGCUAUAGAAGAUUCCAUUAUGGUUCUUGAUAAGACGACCGUCCCCAUAAUAAAGUUCACCGAUAGGGAAACGGAAGUAAAGGUUGACAUUAGCUUUAAUCAAGAGACUGGCAUAUAUAGUGCUAACCUUAUCUGUCAGUACGUCCAACAGUUUCCUUACUUACCGUAUCUUGCCUUGAUAGUAAAACAGUUCCUUGCUCAGCGUCAGCUCAAUGAAGUCUACUAUGGAGGCAUCAAUUCGUACAGCCUCAUACUAAUGCUGGUAAGUUUCUUUCAAAUGCAUGCCCGGAAUGAAGUAGCCGAUGUCUCGUCGAACCUCGGUGUCUUGCUGAUGGAGUUUUUCGAGCUCUACGGAAGGACUUUCAACUAUACCAAAGUGGCCAUUUCUAUUAUAGACGGUGGGUGUUAUUUUCCUAAAGAAGCGCUGCUGGACGGGAUGGAGGACAGUUUAUUGUAUAUACAGGACCCUCUUGAACAGAGGGAGAAUGCUUGUCGAGGUUGUUACGGCAUCAUGCAAGUCAAAGCUGCUUUUGAACACGCUUACAACCUCCUCCAUACCAUACUGAUGGCUCGGGAAGACGGGACGGCAACAAGAGGAACGUCUCUUCUAAGUCGUAUCAUCCAGAUAAGCAAAGAAGUCGAGAGUUAUAGAAACUGGACCGAAAGUACUUGGGGUUCUGCGACAAUCUCAUCCCCGCCUCCUUUUAGUUUGACCACACCCAUCUAUUCUCCGCUAGGGAUUCAAGGUGCGAUGAUGCAUCCUCCUCAGUAUCUCUACUCUUCACCUUUAGCUCCAAUACCUCCUCAUCAUUCUAGCUAUUCACAUCAAAAACCUGACGCUGAAGCUGCUACUAAUAAUUAGUAUAUCACACACACACACACUUACUUGUGCAAGGAGUCUUUAAAUCUCUUUCAAUCAUCUUCUCGCCACUCUCUCUCUCUCUCUUUGUUUAUAUAAUUAUUAUUAUUGCUAUUACUGUUAUUAUAUCCUCUUUUUCAUACAAUCUUCUGCUCUUUUUUAUUUUAGGAUUUUUGUGGCACAUGUGUAACCAUAUUGUACUACAUUUUCAUUUUAGGCUAUAUCUCUCUCUCAUGGUUUUUCUAAAUUUUAUUUCCAUCUAUCACUCACUCUUUUGUCUUUCUUUUUGUCCUUGUUCAUCCCUUCCCCAACCCCUCUCUUUCUUUAUAAUUUUUCUAUUGUUUUUCCUCUUGGUAUUUGUUCUUUUUAAGGUGGGCAUUAAAUGGAAGACGGAGGAGGAGGAGGAGUUUAAGAAGACGAUCAUUGAUUGGUGGUUAGUGUGUGGGCGUGGAUUAUGUUGUUUAGCGGAACUUUAAAA